AUGGACGAUGAUUUUCAUGCUCAAUACUACCAUCAGUACGGACGCUAUCCGUAUGUUACCGUACCACCUCACAGAGCUGCUUAUGUAAUCCCAAGGAGGCACUUGGACGAUGACUAUUCCGAUUACUACCGCGACUAUAAAACGCAGUCGAGGGACUAUGAUCGUCGUUUGAAAACCUAUCAAAAUGCCAUUUACUACAUUCGAGUGAUGGCAUAUAUACAGAUCUUCAUAGCCGGAGUGCUGCUUGUGUCUGACGUCUCGAGAAUAGUGUUGCUGUGGACAUUUGUGCAGUCUAUAGGGACCAUCAUAGAAAUGAUUUGCCAGCUAUCUUUUCCCCUUUUUACUCUCAUACUGGGAUUUCUUUCUCUAACAACUGCUCUUUCACCAUCAAGCGUACUUUCAAAGUCUGUUGCCAUUUUGCUCGUAGCCACGGUCAUCCCAAACUUUGUAUUUCCCAAACAAGCAGCUUUUAUUACCUCAGCAGUUGAUGCAGUAGAAGUAGCUCGAGCAUCCGAUCGAACCUCGCUGAAGCAAGUUACCGUUGACAUGAGCAUGGGUAUGAUCCGUUCGGAAACACAUCACAAGCUGUUACGACUGCUCUCAUCCAUGGGCUCCCGAUGGCCAUUAGGCAUUCAGGAUCUCAGCUUGUUGCCUGCCGACUUCCUACUUCUACUGCAGUAUCUGCUCGUCUCCUAUGCGAUGUUCUCGUUUCUACAACUAGUCGUUCAAGUGGCGACCGUCUAUUUUCUCGUCAGACUCCUCACAGUUCAAUAG